GGGUUACCAUACAGUAGAUUCCGUUGUUUUCAUGAGAGUAGAUGUGUUGUUAAGGUAAUCGAAGAUUUGCAUAAACAACGCGUUUCGGUGAAUUAUUCGACUAGGUAGCUCAUUAGUUGCUACUUUUCUGAUCGAGUCGCUUAGAAAAAGGCGACUUGAUUUAGCUAACACGAGCCUCUUUGUAAAAUCAGGUCGAAAGGGAUGCCGCUGCAGACAGACUCCGACGGACGCCAACAGUCUUUGGAUUUAAUCUCAUCGCAUUUAAUCGGGAAGAGCAGUUUUCCUAUACAUUUAAAAGGCUUCAGAAUAACACAUUCUCGACCGAGUGCUUUUGUAAGAUGUUUAAGCUCGAGUGCGAAUUAAUAGCGCAGCUGUGAAGUAGAAGCGUUAAUAAUUAGCAAGCUAACCGUUAGCUAACGUUAGCUGGUCAUCAACAAAGCGGGGAUCGUAAUCUUUUGCUUCAGAGUAACCAGUGAGUAACGAGUGUUUCCACGGUUUGACUUUUGAACCCGCUGUUUCCUGCCUGUGCUGAAAUAUUGCUCGACAGCAAUGAAACUUUUGGAAAGCUCCAGCUUUGAAGCCCUCAGCUCCCGGCUGUGUGUUGAAACAGGAGAGUCUCGCAUCCUUGGCAGGAUGGAGAGCUACUCCUGUAAGAUGGCAGGUGACGAUAAACAUAUGUUCAAGCAGUUCUGCCAGGAAGGGGAGCCGCACGUCCUGGAGGCCCUCUCUCCCCCUCAGUCCACCAGCGCCACCAGCCCUUCACAGCUGGGGAAGAGCAGUGAGGACGGGGAGAACCCCCUGAGUGACAAGUGUUGCAGGAAGACUCUUUUCUACCUCAUCACCACGCUCAACGAGUCCUUCCGGCCGGACUAUGACUUUAGCGCCGCACGGGCCCACGAGUUCAGCCGAGAGCCCAGCCUCAACUGGCCCUCUUUCCAGGUGGCUAAUGCCGUAAACAGCAGCUUGUUCUCAGCUGUGGGAGAGGAGUUCAACUCUCUGGGGCCGGAGCUGUGGAACGCCAUCGAUCAAGAGAUCAACCUGCAGAGCUGUGACAUUUACAGCUACAACCCUGAUCUGGACUCCGACCCUUUUGGUGAAGAGGGGAGCCUCUGGUCCUUCAACUACUUCUUCUACAAUAAGAAACUCAAGAGGAUUGUAUUCUUCACAUGUCGCUCCGUCAGCGUCUUGAGUGGGUAUGGCCGUGAUUGUCUUGACAAUGAGCUGGACAUGGAGCUGGAUGAUGAGGAGGAAAUGGACGGCUUCACUGAGGACAGGUUUCCCAGAGCUCUGUGCGUGUGAAUUUUCCUGAUGGACACGCCUCGGCCAAAGAAUAUCUAGGCUAUCCUCUUCCCAUUUUCGCCCAUGCACUUUUUUUUUUUUUUUUUAAUUUUUUUUGGGGGGAUUUUGCUGCCUCAUCCAAAGCCAUUUUCAUGCUUUAGACUAAUGCAUGUUUGAAGCCUUCUCUUCUGCUGGCAGUGAACUGUGUAAUGUGAGCUGGUGGACAUCUUUUAAAGACCCUGCAGUGACUUUAAAACUCGUUCUUUCUCCAGUAUGGAUUUUGACAUCUCCAACCCCAAAUGGCACACACAUAUAUGGGCUUCUCUACACCAGCCACAUUUCCAUAUAGACUGAUCACGGACGUUUGAGAAGAAGGUCUUGUAAUAAAUGAGUGGCAAUCAAAGACUGCAAGUGAGCGGAGUGUCUUGCAAAUGAUGUCAAAAAAAGGAGUACAGAACACACCAGCAUCAAUGAAAACUGACAGAUUAAGACUUGAUGAUAUUCCUACCUGAGAAUGGGCACGGCUACGUCCAUGAAAACCCAGUUAUGACUGAUCAGCUGAGAACUCAUCUGUUGUUUCAUCCUUUGCUACUUUUGUGUGUUGCUUUUUGUGUUUUUAACAGUGAUGUAACUGUGAGGACUUUUUCAGCACUGAGUUUGAAAUGUAAUAACACUGCAUUAAUAACUGAAACUUGUAUUAUUGAAUCUUAUUACUGCGAACGCUCGUCUGUACUUUAGACAGUAGGGCACGGCCAAUAAAACUAUUGGCACCUGGGUUGCAGCUUAGAAAACAUAUCAGCUUUUAACAAAUGUUCCAUUCUUUUGUUUUAAUUCACUAUUCUCCAGUUCCAUGAUGAAUUUUUUACGUUGUCUGAAUCCAGUAUUUUUUUUUUUUGAAAAAUCUGUUCCUGGGUAACUCCUAUUUCUAAGUUUGUCUUGCCAGUGUUUUUCUUUGCUCAGUGCAAAGGCUUCAAUGAAAAGUGAAUGUAUAGUACAAUUUAGAGGAACAAACAUUACAGUUAAAUGGCUGAUUAUGUUGUACAUUAUUUUUUUAGAAAUUGAGAAGCUCCUUUUAUGUUCCUUACAAGUGGUUAGGAGUUGUCUUUUCUUGACUGCUCUGUGCUUUGUUUGAUUGGCCGAUAUAUUGCAGAUGUGAAUAAAGUGGUGUUUGAAAUCA